GAGACAGAGGAGGUGAGACCAGGAGGCAAAGCUACGCUUUCCAUUUAGCUGGGACUGCAUGCUGUCUGUGGCCAGUUAAUCUUAUUCGGUUAGUCGGCAAGCCAGGCCGUCAUUCGGCAGGUAUGGGUGAUCCAGCGACCCUGGUCGAGUCCGCCACCCCUCCUGUCGUCACGGCAAUCCCCACGGUGGUAGCUGGGGAAAUACAAGAUGGUACUAAAACCCAAUCAGCUAAUAAGAAUGGGAAGAAGGCAGACUCUGGGUCCAGCAGCAGCAGCAGCUUCUUCACCUGGUUCAUUGUCUUGGCCCUGCUGGGUGUCUGGACAUCUGUAGCUGUGGUCUACUUCGACCUGGUCGACUAUCAGGGAGUCCUUGACAAGGCUAAGGGCUUACAAAUUAACCUGUCUGAGGCCUUGCAAGGUAAACUGGUGGAAUACGAUACAGAUGGCGAUGGUGAUUUUGAUGUCGAGGAUGCUAAAGUUCUGCUAGUCCAACCAGAGCUCCCAGUGCCUAGGUUCAGGAGGACAGAGAGGAAAAGAGCAGGAACCAGAGGAACAAAGUACCUGGCAGGAAUGAGAGCAGCUUCUUUAGGCUUAGGACUGAAAGAGAAGGCUGUUGUCGUCACAUCCCGUCGUGAAGAAGCUUCUGCCCCAGUGGAGACUCCCGAACUGACACCAGAAGCUAUAGUCGAGCCUGAACCUGUGCCUGUGGAAGAUGAAAUUGAAGCUGCUGUAGCAGAGGACACUUCUGCACCACCAGAGCCUGAACCUGAGGUAGCAGCUGAGCCUGAGGUGGUUGCAUCUGAGCCUGAACCAGAACCUGAGGCUGAGCCAGAGCCUGUGGAGACUCCUGAGGUGAUUGAGGAGGAUCCAGAGGUGCUGGAGGAGGAACCUCCUGCUGUGGAAGAAGAUGCCCCUGUGGAGGAGGCUCCUGUUGAGGAGACAGUGGAGGAGGCUGCUCCAGUUGAGGAGGAGCCAGCAGCUGAGGAAGUUGGAGAGGAGAUGAUGGCAGACCAGCCUGAAGAGGAGGCAGCAGCUGAAGAGUUUGCAGAGGAGGUGGAGGAACUGGCGAUAGAGCAGGCUGUGGAGGAGGAGGCUGCUGCAGUGGAGGAGACCAAGGAGGAGGAGGAGGCUUUUGAGGAGGUGGCGUCAGAAGUAGAGACUGUAGAGGAAGAGAGCGCUACUACAGAAGAAGCUGUCGAGGAGGCAGCUGAAGAAGAGGAGGCAGCUCCUGUAGAAGAAGCUGUUGAGCCCGCUGAAGAGGAGGCAGCACCUUCACAAGAAGUUGUUGAAGAGGUAGUGGAAGAGGAGGAGGCAGCUUUUUCAGAGGAACCUGCUGAGGAGCCCACUGAAGAGGAGGCAGCAGCUUCAGAAGAAGCUGUUGAGGAUGUGGAAGAAGAGGAGGCAGCUCCUUCAGAGGAACCUGCUGAGGAGCCCACUGAAGAGGAGGCAGCAGCUUCAGAAGAAGCUGUUGAGGAUGUGGAAGAAGAGGAGGCAGCUCCUUCAGAGGAACCUGCUGAGGAGCCCACUGAAGAGGAGUCAGGUCCAAUAGAAGAAGCUGUUGAGGAUGUAGCAGAAGAAGAGGAGGCAGUGUCUUCAGAAGAAGCUGUGGAGGAGGUAGUGGAAGAGGAGGAGGCAACUCCCUCAGAAGAGGCAGCGGAGGAGGCCGCAGACACAGAGGCAACUCCAGAAGAAGUAGUGGAGGACCAAACAGUACCAGUCACAGAGACAGAAGAAGCAGCACACAAGGUAGAAGAGGCAGCAGAAGAAGCAGCAGAGUUUGUUGAGACAGAGGAAGAGAUUCAGGAGGAGCCCACAGAUGCUUCAGUAGUGUAGGAAAACCCACUCCAGACACGUGUGGAUUCAAAGUAGGAAAAAGAAACGUAAAGGCUGAGCAUGGUCACGGAGCAGGGACCCACUGACGUUGCAUCAGCACCAUCUGACCGUGCUCAGAGCGAUGAUGCACCUCUCCACCUCCAGAGAAACGAUUGAGUCAUUAUGACAACACUCGCCUCUCUCCCCAUUUGUCUCCCCCUCCCCAUGUUUUUACACCUUCCUUUUGAAUUUUCCUUUUGGUAUAAAUGUGUGAUAUAAUGGAUGAAUUGGCUACUAAUGUGGUACUCCUGUUUUACCCUUCUUUGAGUCUUUGCUCACCAUUCUUUUUUUCUUCUUUAGGUAGAGCCCCCAUUUUCAGUCUGGAACUUUAUUUUGAAGUCUCUCAGUGACGUAGUUUGGCUUCCUGGAGCUAAAUUCUGUUGCCAAGUAAACUAAGGCCAAAGUUCAUAACUGAGCCAUCAUUUGGUAGUUUCAAAUCAGUCUCUGAGUUCGAAGACUCUUGUCUAUACAGUGAGGUCUUUGACUUUGCAGGUUCAGAAGCUUCACAGAUUCAAAACUUGGCUGGUGCAACAAAAACCGAAAUCUUGCUCUGAACACUACAGAGUGUCUCCACUCUGAGCUGGUGUUUGCUAAUCCCUCCUGCUGAUAAAAAUCAACUGGAUGGAGGUAACAAAAAAAAUUCACAUUUUUUUAAUCAAACUAAAAAUGUAAUAUUCUGCCCCUCUAUUGGUGUAAAUUCAGAAUUUAGAAAACCAUCUCCAUUCUGUGUUUAGUUCUGGUAACAGUAUUGUAGAUUCUAUGCAAAGCUGUCGUGAUGUCUGUCACCCGCCUCCCUCACCCCUCCUCACCCCUCCUCACCCAGCCAGUUUAUUUACCACUCAGUGUGUGUCGACUCCAGGAUGAGCCAUAUGCUAGCAUGUGAAUUCAGAGAAAAAGCUUGUGUGUGAGCAUGUGUGCGGAUGUCUUCCUUAUGUACCCCAUGAUGAGCGUGUGCUUGUGUGUUGACAAAUCUUUUGCUAAUUAAUCCUAUCUGUGAGCCGCAGAUGUCAUGAUGUAGUUUUUGACUGUUUAACUUUUUUCUUCUUGUUUUGUUUUCUAACUACCUUUACCUCUGUGUGUUUGUGUUCUGUAGGUUUCUAGCUGUUUUGUUUUUUUUACAUUUUCAGAUAAGAUUACCAAGACCAUCUAACUAGACUAUCAAAUAAGUUUUAACUGAAGUUGUAACUUAAAACUUCAGCUCUUAAAGUUUAAACUGUGAUGUAAAUUAGGACACCAUGGACGGUGCAAAGCGGUCACACUGUGAUGUAAAGAUUUUUUUUUUUUUCAAACACACCAGCGAUAGAUGGAUCCAGCCUAGCAGGCUGAUUCAGGCAGGAUAGUUACACUGAAGCAUUUUAACCCUGUGUGAGCCAGAUUCUGCUUUCUUUAAUGGUUGCUUCAGUGUAAAAGAGCUGUUAUCACUGGCUCACAGAGGGAAGCUAGCCAUAACUAGCUGACUGACACCAGUUAAAUGAACAAAGAUCUUUGUUUUUAAUCAUCAGUGGCGAAACUUCACUGCCUCAUUCUCUCAGCUGAAAAACGUAUAGUUGUGUGUUUUAUUUACUUGAAGGGAAACUUAGUGGCAUGUUUCUUUAGUCACUGUUCCCUUUUUCUUUGUGACAUCAAUUUUUUUUUUUUUUUUAUCAUUGAUCCAUGGUAGCAGGGCUCCCAGAGGCCCAAAAGAUCAGAGAAAAAAACAUCAUCUGACACAUCAUUCCAUCACAGAACUAAAAUUGUGGAAUUAAGAAAGCCAAAUGAGAACGUUAUGUAUCUUAUUUUGAAGGUGAUGGCCAGAUCUGCAGGUAAACAUCCUUUGUUGUAUGAAAUGAGACAUAACUGUGACAUUAAGAUAGUGUUGGGACACUGGGUACAGCACUGUGGAUAACACUCCUGUUAUGAUACUGACAAUAAACAAUAUGUAGAUCUGAUUUUGUAGGAUUAAUUACAACAUAACACUAUUGUUAUAGUAGAAGAAGAGCAAGACCUUCCUCAUUUGGUGUCACAGUCCCACUUUGUGUCUGUAGUCCUCACAUACUGUAACUUCCUGAUUGUUUUUAGGGAUGCAACACAUUCCAGUGGUGUGCAGUAGUCCUUUAUGUAGGAUGUCUUGUCUUUUUUCUUUGUUUCUGCAACACUAGCUGGUCUUUUCUACUUCCUAACACUUUGUAAGUCAGUGUGAACUGAGAUUACAAUCUUUAACAAGAGAGAGCUUCUAGAUUUUUAAAAGGAACAUUUUUAAAGAUGACUUGGAGAAAUAAAACUCUAAUUUUCUGAAACUGCUUUAAAAUCUUUUUAUAAAGCCAUAAGCUGUUUGUGACAGGCAGGUUUACGGGGCUGUGCUACUUCAGGACAAACUUAAUUCUCUAAGAAUACAAAAGGAAGAGCAAUAAAAAUUAAACUUCAGAGCAACCACACUGCAGCAACCCGGUGAAACAGAUUUGAAUUUUUUUCAUUACUAAUCUUGGAUCAGAAGUAAUGUACAUGCUGGAAAGGGUUGUGAUGACAAGGACAGCUUUGCUUCCAGACAAAGGAGGUGGCAGUUGUUAAUUUACAGUGUCUGCUAGAAACAGUAUAAUAGCUGUGCCAUAGACUGAGCUCCGCAGUGUUAUGGGGAAAUAAAGUUGUUGGUUUAAAAACUGCCCAUCUCUUUGCCUCACAGUGUCUGCAGAUCUAAUACUGUUCUGCAGAUCUAAUACUGUCCUGUAGACGCUGACGAUGGUGACUAAAUUAUUGUAAAGUAAUGAUGGAUUGUGUAAAGGAGAUUUGAAGUGUCAGUUUUCUGUAAAUGAUCUGUUGCUGCAAUAAAAGGUUUGGGACAACAUA